AUGCACCUGAAUGCAUUGCCCUGCCGAAAGGCUGAACAAAAUAAAACAAGUUUAGGUGUUCAGGGAUACCUUGAAGGUGACGUCAAUAUGAACUUGAAUAAUUCAGAAAAUUAUGAGGAAUUUUACACGGUGAGGGUAAAUGUUGCCAAGCGCUCUCGUUCUUACGAAAGGUCGAGUAAACAAUUUAGGAUUUUCGAUUCCUCCCACAACAUUUCUCAAAUUCUCAAGUUUUUGCCAUUUUAUGAAAGGUUGGGGCUGCGCGUCGUCAAUUCCAAAUGGAAUCUUAGUUUUUAUUUUCCCGAGUGUUGGGAAAGCCUCGAUUUCCGAUUCUUCGAUUUGGCCGGCCAUGAAUUUUACUUGACGAAUUUUAAGAGAUUUAUCGCUCAUGUUAAAAAAUUGGACAUUCGUAUCGAUCAGAUUUCUCAAUUAAACAGACUUAUUUGUUUAUCGCAGUCCGCUGAUUUGAAAUGUGUAAACUCAAUUUCUGAUUCUAAUUCUGAACCUGGUUCAGACUCUACCAUAGAUGUUUUAGACAUUAUAGAAACUGAUAACGAAUGUCAACUGGACACUGAUUUUGGCUUCUUAAAUCCCUGUUCAAAUGACUUUUCUAACAAACACUGUAAUCUUUAUAGCAACGAAAACACCUUUGAGGGUUUAAAGGGCGUUUUAAAGACACUGAGGAGCUUAGGCAAUCUGCAGAUUAGUGACAUUGGCAAUAGUCACAACAAUAUUUUUGUACGGGUUCAUCCGACCAUUAUAAAAUUUAUAGAAUCGCAGGUUUUUUCCACCAUUUCAUCACUCUCUUCUGUCAUUGACUCUCCCGUCGAUGUCCACUUCAUUCUUCAGAUCACUCCCCUCGUUAAGAACAUUAGGAAUCUAGUCAUUUCUCGUGUUCGUGACCAUUCUUCCAUUUGUUCAGUUCUUGCUGAGAUUUUGGAGCACAUUCCUAGGAAUCAGCUUUUAUCUCUUCAGAUUGGCAGGACAAUUUUUAACGAUUCUCACAGGGACGUUGAAUUUUCUACAUUUGCCAGGGCUAGAAGGUUCAAUAGACUAAACUUUGCUUACAAGUCUUUUGGGACUACUAAUUUGGAAGAGGGGGACGAGAUCAUUUCUUUGGACGACAUUGAGAUUUCACUACCUGCCUAUCGUCAAAUUCGCAGCUUCAAGUAA